AUGAGGAAGCGGCUUCGGCGCGCGCGCGGCAGAGCGCGACGACCUCUGGUCGCCGCCGCCACGGUACCCUCACGCGCGGAUCUUCGCUCUGCUUUCUUCCCCAUCCUCCACCACAUGGGCGACAAGCGCCGCAUCGCCAUCGCCGCCGCAUUGUUCCGGAGACCGGCCAAGGAGCCAAAGCAAGGAGGAGGCGAUGACAAGGAGGCGUAUGGCGAGGUGGACCGCAUCGUCUCCAAAUACCGCACCGUCGCAGCAGCGGUGUUCGCGGAGGACGGCUUCGCCACCGCCAUUGUCGCCACGGAGUACCUGGUGGAGUGGAAGGACGGACACGAGCCGUCGUGGGUGCCCGCGGAGGCCAUAGCGGCGGACGUCGUGGCCGAGUACGAGACGUUGUGGUGGACAACGACCAAGAAGGCGGACACGGAGGCACUGGCGGCGCUGCUCGUGGACGAGACGCUGCGGCGGGACCCGACGCGGAGGACGCACAGGGACUAA